UGUUGCAGGUUUGACUGUGCAGAUCGUCAGUUCCACUCUGUAGCAGCCGCCUGGCAGGCUCGCAUGGAGAGCCCCGCUGACGUCAAGGAGCUCAUCCCGGAGUUCUUCUACUUUCCAGAGUUCCUGCAGAACAUCAACGGGUUUGACCUGGGCAGUCUGCAGAUGACCCAGAACAAUGUGACUGAUGUUCUGUUACCACAAUGGGCCUUGUCUAGAGAAGACUUCAUCAGGAAACACAGGAAAGCUCUGGAAUGUGAGCAUGUUUCCUCUCACCUCCAUGAGUGGAUUGACCUGAUCUUUGGCUGCAAGCAGAGAGGGGAGGAGGCGGUGGAGGCUCUCAAUGUCUUCUACUACUGCACCUAUGAAGGUGCGGUGGAUCUGGACGCCAUAGCCAAUGAGACGGAGCGCAAGGCCCUGGAGGGCAUCAUCAGUAACUUUGGACAGACGCCCUGUCAACUACUCAAGGUGUGUGUGUGUCUCCCUCUCUCUCUCUCUCUCAAGGUCUGACCCCUGUCACAUUACAUUUACAGUCCUGCUUGAUUUG